GGCACAAUGAUGGUUGAGGAUCCACAUUUUAUCGACGCGAUGGUCCAGGAGCUGAAGUCGCAAGGGCUUUUCGAUCAGUUUCGGAAGGAGUGUUUGGCCGACGUAGACACCAAACCUGCCUAUCAGAACCUGCGGCAGCGCGUGGAAGGAACUGUGAAUAAGUUUUUGGUGCAACAAGAGUGGUCCGAUAACAUACGCCACAAGAACCAGCUUCGUGAACAGCUGCGAAAGAACAUAAUCGACUCGGGCUUUCUAGACACCGGUGUCGAGCGGAUAGUGGACCAAGUGGUCAAUCCCAAAAUUUCCAGCGUGUUUCACCCGAAGGUGGAAGAAAUUGUGUACAACUAUCUGGGAAUUGAGAAACCAAAGUCUUCCGUCAACGGUAACGAGCUCGGUGGAAGAUCCGAGUCACUUCUCGAAGAUUUAGAAGCGGUCAGUCCUGAUUCAGAUAAAAAAUCGGAGGGCAGCCUGACGCCACCGCCGCCUGCACCAGUGCCCGUGGAGGAAAUGGUCGAAGAUAUGGACAUUGAUGACGAUGACGAGUUGGAUGAAUCGAAAGAACAGGACGAUUUCGAAUCGCCAGCUUUCGAGCCGCUCGAAGUACGAUCACCGGCCAAAGUGAAGGAAGAGGAAACGAACGAUUCCGUUUCAUCCGCCAUCAGCGGUUUGACGUCGCAAGAGUCGGUGGAGAGUGACGAAAAAGGUGACGCUAUGGCGGCGACAAAACCUACGGAGACUGCAAACGUGUCUUCAACAGAGGAACGGGAUAAUCCGGCAACCAAAGACUCCGAGUUCAGCCAGGACAUUGCACCGAUCAAUGAUUCACAGCUUUCCCAGGUGUCGAGCAACAGUCAACUACCGCCGACCACUGAUCCGUCGGUUUCCGAAGAGUUGGAGCGGUCGGAAGAGAACGAGCGAUUAGACAUCACCGAAGAGGCACAAAUGCCAACGCUGUUUUCCAGUUCCCCCGGCAAGAAAACGGAUUCAUGCGACGGUCAAAACGAUGAUGAAACUGGUGAACCAAAACCUCGCUUCGAUUUCGAUAAAGAUGGUUAUGAGUUUGUCGGCACGGAACGACCAACAGCGAGCGUUGGCGAGGAUGAAAAUUCGCCAAACACUAAUCGCGACCAGGAACCAGAUGAAGAAAGCUCUCAACCAACACCGGAAGAAACCAAAGAAGUGCAGCAGCCGAACUUUACCACCCAGGAUGAUACCACGUCGUUAUCGGAGCACUCGUUGAAGAUUUGUGAAGAUACGCUCAGUGACGAGGAUACGAAAGGAUCACGAUCCGUCGACGCACGCUGCUCGGGUGAGAAAAGUGCAGCGAAGGUUAGUAACCUUUCGGAUGCCAGCAGCUGCAGUUCAUUCAACGAACGGGAUGUGAAGCAAAAGCGUGAAAGUUCCAAAGAACAGACAAACGAGGAAGUAGCAAAGGGUGAGCAACAAAUAGUGGAAGAAAAGCAAAACGAGCACACCAUUGCGGAAGAUGUGGGAGAAUCCGAUCGUAAGACCAAAUCAGAAACCGACGACGAUCACUAUCAGGAGCACUUGAAGCGGCAGCCGAGUCGUCGAUCGAGCGAUACGGACUCGGAUGGUAAUGACGAGAAAUCCAAGCCACAGGAACCGCAAGUAGCGCAAGGUGAGAAUCAAAUUGGCUCCACUAGUAGUGGCACCGACGCGAACGCUGAAAUCACUGGUCCUGGACAAGAAAAUCCGCCUCACACCGAUACCUCAAAAUCUGUACCGCAACAAUCGCCAGAUUUGGAUGCUAUGCGCGGCACGCUAACUCCCACGAGGGAGUGUGGUCGCCUAGAUUCAUCUUCUUCCGGCAUACAGUCCGGUGAUGAUUCCGAGAAGAGUCCCGAAUCGUUGAAACUUUCGCCAAAACCCAUAGCGAUCGUGAGACCCGUCCAGCCGGUUGUCAUUGAUCAAAUGCUAACGAGCGCGGACAAGUCGAAGCUAGAGCAACUGCUGAAUGGGGACGCUUUCACAAACGACGCAACAUUGGGUUCGAUCCAAAGAGAGUGGCGUCUGAUAAAAAGCCAGCUCAAGAAGCCAAGGUUUGCGUCCAACUUUUCCGAGGCGCGGCGCCUCACCAAGGUACGCAAGAAGAUCGAGCGCGAGGGACAGAAGCGGCUAGAAGAGACACUAGCGCUAGCGAAGAGGUACAUCGACGAGAAGAAAGAGUACGGCGGACAGAUGGAGGAUCAGGGCAUCGAACUCGAGUUCGUGUGCAACGAUAAACGGGAAUCGCCAGGACCAACGAUUUCAUCGCCGGUACCGAAAACAGAGGACGUUUCCGAGCCCGACCUGCACUACUUCCCGGAGCCGGAAGAACAGUUCAAAACCGACGAACGGUUGUUGCACUAUUUGCGAUUCAAAACGGAUGGCGUAACGUUUCCUCGCAGUUUCAAAAUCAGGCACCAUCAAACGCAAAUUUUCUCGCUCGGGCCAGCGACAACACCCGCUCGGAAGCCGAAUAAACGUUCCGCAACCCCGAACGCUCUGACCACCAGUGCAAAGAUAAAGCGAAACAGUGACGCCGGCAACCUGCCAACGGUCAACGGGUCGGCACAAAAGCUGAAAUUGAGUGUGAAUGAUGCGAGUUUGGAAAUGAAAAAACAACGUUCCAUCAGAAAUGGCCACACUCACCCGAUGCUUUCGAAAACCACACCGCCGUCGGUGGGUACAGAUGCGUGACCACCGGGCGACGGUGAACGGUGGAUAGCGAAAGGUUAGGCAGAUAGAAAAGACAAAACAUAUAAGGUUUUAGUACUGACCACACAUGUUAAGGGUGAAUUGAGAAAUGAUUAUGCGUAUGUUGUUUUUUAACUAACUUGAACCGUUGGCGUCCGUAGUUCCCUUCAAUAAAGUAUGCACAAUA